UUGCCAUAAUUGGAAUAUUAGUUUUGAAAUAAAUUAUUGAAUAACUUACAUUAUAUAACACAAUUCUAUCAUUUAUUAUAUUAAGGGGCAUGGACAAAGAGUGGACUAAACUUCCAAGGUUUAAUGCAGAGUACAUCAAUGGUGUCGAACCUUUUUUGGAUUUUUCAUAUACUAGGGGAAGACCUCAAGGAAAUGAGAUUUUAUGUCCUUGUGUAAAGUGUAGAAAUUGAUGUUGGGCAAGAAGCGUGGUUUAUGAUCAUUUGAUAGCCAUAGGUUUUCUAAAAGGCUACAGUGUGGUUUAUGGUCGUUCCACUGACCCGUUUGAGAGACUUGAUUAGAGUUCUAGUUCAACAAUUCCAUUAGUAAUUACGGGUAAAACCCGACACCCAUUGCUUGAUUGCAUGGCUUUGAAUCAUGGGCACACAUAGCAGUGAGUUGCUGCAGUGAUUAGUGAUUGUGAAGAUGGAGAGAGAAUGGUGAUAGCUAAGAGAGUUAAUUCAUUAAUUUGCUAAUGCAUAUUCAACUUUGUCGUUUCGUUGAUUUUCUAUGUUGACAACAGCUUCGGAUAGACGAAAGUGAAACUCUAUUUUUUUGAAUUUUUCUGCAGAGGAAAUGCUUAAUUGGUUGAGCAAGCGUUGUUUAUGCACCCUUGUGCCACGCCCAUGGCUUUUUGUGGGGUUGGGCAAUCCUGGUAACAAGUACGCAGGAACUCGCCACAAUGUGGGCUUUGAGAUGAUUGAUGCAUUUGCUGAGUCGCAGGGGAUUCCUAUGAACACUUCCUAUUCCAAAGCCAUUUUCGGAAAAGGUUUUGUUGGUGAAGUUCCUGUCUUCCUUGCAAAGCCUCAGACUUACAUGAAUCUGAGUGGUGAAUCAACGGGACCAGUGGCUGCUUAUUAUAAGCUACCCCUUAGUCAAGUGCUUGUGUUCCAUGAUGACAUGACCUUGCCAUGUGGGGUGCUUCGUCUUUAUGACAAAGGGGGUCAUGGAAGCCACAAAGGGCUAAAGAGUGUGAUCUAUCACUUCAGAGGAAAUAGAGAAUUUCCUAGGCUGAGAAUAGGGAUUGGAAGUCCUCCUGGGCAAAUGGAUCCUAAAGCAUUUUUGCUUCAAAAGUUUAAUUUAACAGCUAGACAACGAAUUGACGAGGCUUUGCAAGAGGGAGUUGAUGCCUUGAAGCUCCUUUUAUCUAAAGGUUUUGCAGAGAGUGCAAAAAGAUUCAACAAAGAACAGAAGUAUAAGCACUUGAGAGUGCAAAACUUACCAGUUUGAUAGGAUUCCCUUUUUCUCUUUAGGUUGCAAUACAUGUGUACAAUUUAGUGAUUGAAAAUUGCCUGAAUUUUGUAACAUUCCAUAUAUAUGUAUGUAUGAAAUUUUCAGUCUUUGAUUUGCUUUAAUUUGGAUAUUGUCUCUGAAAUGUGCAAACUCAAAACUGGUGGGAUAACAUUUAAAACGUAUUAAAGGUUGCUACAUUGUGUAUACUAUAUGGACUUUGAUGAAAGGGGCAUCAUCUGUUAGAGUAGCAUGCAUGUACCUUUUCCCACCCCAUGGAAAAUGUUUUUA